CGCGCACCGGCAGUUGGGCGCGUCACGUGGUGCGGGACCCGCGCUUUUCAAACAGCCAUCAACAGCCGCCGUCACCCGGCAAAAUUGAUCAAGGAGCAUGUUUCAGGCUUAUGAAGAUGAGAUCCAUUCACUGGAGGAAGAGAUCAAAAUGUUGGAAGAACAGUCCCAAGACAGUCAGCAAGAUAACGUUCUUAAUUCUGGAGAGAAUCUUAAAACUGCGGAAUUGCAUAGAGAAAAUCUCACCUCACUGAAUCCAGAAUUAUGGAAAUGCUCCAGCACCGAUGUAGAAAACCAGAUUAAGGAGACUGAGUGUCAGAUUGCCUUUCUGAGCCAACUAACUGGCAUUUGUUUCAGUAAAUAUGACAUGCAAACAGUGGAGAAAGAUAACAACAAAGUCAUGCAAUGCAGACUAUUUGGGAACAGUCGAAGCGUGCAUUUUGAGCUUGAAUUUGAAAUGAUGGAAAAUAAGAUUGAAGGAAAUGUUGCAGCUAUAAUUACAGAACUGAACAUUAUUUUGGAAUCCAAUGAAUUCUAUGAUUUGAGCAGAUUUAUAUCCAGAGCUGAAGAACAGAAGAGCCUUUUACUAUUUUUCAGAACACUCUCAGUUUUUACAAAAUGGUACGAUUGUCGUCAGAGCACUUUUCGGCAUUUCAAGGACAAAUACCCCGAGACAGUGAGGCUCCCAGAGAGAGGGAGUGGGGAAUGUCUGGUGCUGCAGUGCCCCAGCCUCACUGGAUUUGAGCUGAGGAUUUUCUGGAAAAUACUUGUGAGUGACGAUGGGCUGGUUACCCCAGUCCUAGAUCUUUUGACUAAAAUACCAGAACAGGCACUUAAUCUCGACGUGAACAAAGUUGUGGAAAAUGCAGGUAGUAGCUUCAGAACACUCCUGCGCCUGUUUGGGAUUGAGGGUGCAAUCGAGAGCCUGAUUAAAGCAUUGUGUACAAAAGACUGACUGUAUUCAUGCUGUACUCAGCAAUGGGAACAUGACCAUUCUCACAAUAACAAAUGACUUGUUUUUCCUUUGAAUUGUGUAAAUAUAUAACCAACCUAAGCCAUUCAAUUUGCAGUCUUUGUGAUGCACAAAGACAUUUCAAAAUAUUGCUUCUGUACAUCAGGAGCCACUGGG